UACUGAACAUAAUAAGGAGCGAGUGAAAGGGGAGAGAGAAUAUCCUUUCUGCUCAGUCACUUUCAUGUUCGUCGACUGAGGUCGAAUAGUAGAACGAUCGUCAAGGCAUUUAUUGAUGAGUGAAGUCGAGAUGGAGCUUGGCAUUUGAAGCAAGAGAACGGUCCAUAGGCAGACUAGAAUGCUUGCUGGUAUUUACUUUAGAUUGAAAUCGAACUGGCUCCAUUAACACCUGUUUUCAAGACGAAUGCUCUCCAAACUUUGCUCCGAUGCAUUAGUGUGAGGCGUGGGUCAUUCUUCUCGUGUUAAAGUUGAUAAUCUAUUUAAAGAAGAAACUAUUUACAUCUGUAUAUGACUGCUUUAACUCGCCUCUCGAUUCUUCUAUAAGCAAUGAGAGUUCUUAAGAUUGACAAUCAUUGAACACAAUUAUUAAUUGAGAAGGUUUUGCAACUCAUCGCUUUUCUUCUCCUUCUUCGCACAUAUUCAACAUAAAAAAUGACGACCACUACAACAACUAUCCCUCCAACUACAAUGGAGUCUUACAGUUCAGUGAGCUGGUCCAGCUAUUACGUGAACCUGACAGAACCAACAUGCGAAGCAAAUUGGGGGAAGCUCUGGGGUCCGUUCUUUCUCAUCCUCGUUGCCAUCUUUGGUUUCUUUGCAAACUUGAGCCUGGUAAUAGUUGUGCUCCGCUACACACACUUCCACACAGCUCCGAAUAUUCUGGUACUAAAUCUGGCUAUCGGGGACAUGCUUCAUGUGCUGGUGUCUGCACCAUUUCACGCAGAACAUGAGAUACACCAUUGCUGGCAGUUUGGACUGGUAAUGUGUAAGCUGAGUAAUGGCAUGCAGGUACUCUCUCAAGGUGUCUGUAUUUAUUCUCUUAUGGCAGGAAGCAUCGAACGUUAUUGUGCCAUUACACGUCCUGUAGGAGAUAAUAGCACUCUAUCACCUCACCUAAAAACAUCAUUGGUGGUGAUUAUCAUAUGGGUGGUGUCUCUGGCUCUUUCUAUCCCAAUUAUGAAAAUUGCCCAUAUGCCGACUUCGAUAACGUGUUUCUAUUUGCCUCAUUUCGAACGAACUGCACUGAUACACGAGACAUUCCGUUUCAUCGUAAUGUAUGUCAUACCACUUAUCACCAUCACUUUCUUCUACACCAAGAUGUCGCGAACACUCAUCUUGAGUACUUCUCGGUUCUCCGGUGAGCGUCAACCAGGUGCAGCCCCACAGCUUAACACGAGACGUCGAGUGGCUAUCAUGCUACUCACCAUCGCCAUCUUCUUUGGCAUCUCUUGGUUGCCUUACUUUGCUUAUGCACUGUGGUUCCAGUAUGCUUUUGAUUACAGAAACCCAUCUCAUCCUAGAAUCGCCCACGUGUUCCGCCAGGUUCGCUUUAUUCUUGCUUUCUUGAAUACGUGUUUCAAUCCUGUCGUGGUGUACGCCUUGAGUACAAGUUACCGCCGAGCACUUGUGCACACUCUGCGUUGUCGACCAUCUAGCGAGAUGGGAAGAGAUGGGCCUAGGAGUAAUUACUCAGCCUACAAGAAUAGCGUGGUAACGGCUAGGAAACGAGUUACAAAUCAUAAUAAUGCAUGCUUUGAAAGCACUGAUAUGACUGUUUUGAGUUCAUAACUAAUCAAUAUAUUAUUUUGUUGCAAGCGAAUACAUGGACGUGAUUUUGCCUGAGAACGGGAAACACUCAAUGUCAAACAUCAUUAAGUUACUAUCACAAUCUUUACUCUACGAAGUAAUGAUCAAUUAGAUAUGUUGUAAAUACAAGUGAAGCGCACAUUCAUGAUCAUAUAUAGUUUCUUACUAUUGUAAAAGAUGUACAAAAAUAUCAUUAUGCUUUAUUUGUAAAAUAUAUCGUAACCAAGAUGAAUCGGUGUAAUUUUGUUCUAACGCAUAAUGAGACCUCGAGGUUUUGUUCACUGUAGGAAAAUGGACGUGUUUUGGGCUUGCUCCCUUACAUGUGUGGUAAAAACAACGACCUACUCACACCUUGACGGAAUUAAACUAACUAUUAUGAACUGACCAAUCACAAGUUGACCGUGCUGACGGUUGACUAUGCAAACCUGUGACCUUCAUGAAAUAAAACUCACCCAAUACGACUAAACUGAACUAUUUUAGGAAACUAAAUUCGAAGACGAACGACGACCUGACAAACUAUAAACUAUAUGACUGCUUGACAACUUACUACGACAAUCUACUUUGAAUAUCUGACUGAAAUAAAGUACUGAAAAAAUGAUCAAACUAUAACAAAGGCUCGAUGCUUCACACAUCAAUCACUUCAUUAAGGUAACAUCUUUUACCACCUCACGUGGUCAUUUGUCUUUGAUUAUGACCAAUUUAUUACACUUCUUGGAUUAAUUUGGCUCCUUUUGGAGGAACUGAGCACUUCUAGCGCUACAUUAACAUGAUUACAGAUCUUCGACAAGAUAAGGUGGUGUGAACAUUUUCUUUU